ACUCAAGCAGCGCGAGGAGAAGAAGAAGAGGCAGGAGGACUCCAUCACUCUUGUUCUUCUUCACACUCGUUUAUCUGCCUCUGUAUGAGGUGAGACUGACAGCUUAAUUGGUUCCCUCAGGGCGCUGUUUUUUCUUCUCCUUCUUCUCCUCUCUUCUUUUAAAUCCAGCUUUCCGUGCCGUCUGCUACACCUGCCUGCCAAGCUGCAGCGCUGAUGGGCGCGGCUGGGACCUGUGCCCAAAUCUCUGUUUUGACUUGCCUGGGAAAGUUAAGCGAAAAGGCACAAAAGGGACGGAGGAAGACUUUAAGAACAUCCCACCCAAGCGCGUCAACUUCAUACCAGCACAUUAUUCCUCUCGUGGAUCAGACGCUGCAUCUCGAGAGGGGGUUCUUCGGGAUUUGAUUGAUACUUGUUCAAGCUGGCUGAAGAUAAGAUGGGAUGGAGGAGUUAAUAGGACUGAUGGACUUCUCAGCCGGCUCGGCUGAAGAAAGGGUUGUGACAGAAACUAUAACCACCACCCGGCUGACUUCUCUACCACCAAAGGGAACCAGCGGAUCAAAUCACAGGAAUAUGACCAGCGGUGCUGGAGGGCUGGGCUUGGAGAAGAAUGUCUUAACCCAGAACAGCAGUGGAACUUAUUUUUCUUCAUCCUCUGUGGGGGUGAACACCAGCAACUACAGCUCCUCCUCAGGGGUUUACCUGGGAGGAGGCUCAUCGGGUGAAGGAGAUGGAGGGGGAACCUACAUAGAAGGAGAGCUGUUUGGUGGUGGAAUAGGAGGUGGAAUAGGAGGAGGAGGUGGUGGAAUAGGAGGAGGAGGUGGUGGAAUAGGAGGAGGAGGUGGAGGAGGAGGAGGCGGCGGUGGAGCUGGUGGAGGAGGAGGAAGAUCCAGUAGCAGUUACACAGUAAGCUCAGUGUCAAAGGUCAGAUCUGGCUCAUCCGGCGGUGCCAGGCGUGCUCAGACUGCUGGCUCAUCAGGAGGUCUGUCGCCAGUUUUCCGGGAGAGGAAGACCAUAACAAGCCGCUCAGUGGGUUAUGACGGAAGUUCCAGUCCUAAUUCCUCUCCAGAGUUUACUCGUAAAGAUUAUGGAGUCUAUUGCUCUGGCAGCGCAAGAGGGAGGAGCGAGAGCAGAGAGAGCGAGAUCAGAGCCAGAUUACAAAGCGCCUCUCCCACCGCCUGCAGAUGGACAGAGCUGGAUGACGUAAAGAAACUGCUUAAGGGUCGUUCCAACAGCGUCAGCCCAACUCGUUCCUCCAGCACCUCUACCACCCUGCCUGUACCUAAAAAGGCCACUGUGGAAUCCAAGAGCAUCUCAGUUGCCACUCAGUCGGGUUCACCUAUAUUGAGCUCUGGUGUGAGAUCAGGCGGGUUCCGCACCAUCGAGACAUCAACCCUGUAUGAUACUGGUCUGACAAACGGAGGGUUUGAUACUGGUUCAAAAUCAAGUCAGUAUGAUGUCACUGUAAAGUCAGGUCAAUAUGAUACUGGUUUGAAAUCAGGCCAUUAUGAUACUACUCUGAAGUCAAGUCAGUAUGACACUGGUGUGAGGUCAGGCCAUUAUGCCACCAGUUUAAAGUCAGGGCAGUAUGACACCGGGAGAACGGGCCAGUAUGACUCGCUGGACGCUAUACUUCCAUCCUUCACUUGGUCCACCGCCACGCUGCCUGCUGCUUGCGCCUCAGGGGUCACCAGCAGCACCUCAUACCAGGUCAACACCAACAACAUGGGGGGAGGAUCAUCACCAAUUGGCCUCACCUCCCCCUCAUCACUGUCAGUUUACGGCUUUCAGAAUAACCUGGCGCCCACUUCUAGCAGUGUGCUCACCACCAGUGGAGCUAACGUUAACGCUCACCUUGGAGGUUAUGGUGUUCAGAAGAACGUGUCAAACACUGGUGGUGUCAUCACUACUGGAGUUGCUUCAACCACUAGAUCCCAGCCUGACGACUCUUUUAAGAAAGACUACAAGUUCCUCAUUGCUGAUAAGGAAAAUGUUUCUGGGAGGACACAGAGAGACACAGAGAUGCUCAUUUUGGCCAAAGACAGUGGGAAGCAGUUCACUAGCAGCAGUAGUAUGCAGCUAGGAGGAGGGUCGCUAUCUGGAGAUUCAAUAAAGAAAGAGAAGCUGAUUUCAAGCUACACUGAGACGAUGCCCCUGAAGGCGGAGACAGGAAACUCUUUCUACACAUCACCAGGAGUUGUAAUGAAAGACAAAGCCACCUUUGCAGAAAUCCACAGGGACAGCGGUGUCUUCGGAGGAGGAGGAUUUUGCUGCUGCUCUGACAACUGUUGCUCGUGGUGGAAGUGGCUGCUGGGUCUGCUCCUUCUCUCCCUGCUCCUUCUGGGACUCCUGUUUGGACUCAUCGCUCUGGCUGAGGACGUGAGGAAGCUGAAGAAUCGAGUGUCUACUCUGGAGGCUGAAUCUUCAGUCGUUUCUGCUCGUACCAGUCGUCUGUCAGAUAACAACAUCUACCUGGCUGGAGCAGGAGCAGGAGGAGGAGCAGGAGGAGGAGGAUCCCGCACCGACACCUCAAUACACUUGGGUGCUGGAGGUGCAGGAGGAGGAGGAUCCCACACUGACACCUCUAUACACCUGGGUGCUGGAGGUGCUGCAGGUGCAGAAGGAGGAGGCAGCAGCAGCAGAACAAGAAUCUCGAUUGCCGGAGCUGGUGCUGGUGGCGGCACUGCUGGUAGAAACGAUCUUGACAUCAGCAUCGCAGGUGCUGGUGCUGGUGGGGGCGCAGGGUCUGGCAGAACAAGUGCUAGAGGUUCUGAAACUGUCUCCAGUGGAAGUUCAGGCAGUACUUGGAGCAGUAACGGUGGUGGCCUCGGUGUUAGUGGAGGACAAAUGGAUGCUGCUUCUCUUCAGCUGAUGAUCCAGAACAUGUUGAGAAAUGAAAUGCAGUCACAGGCAUUCAGAGCUCUUCUGAUGUCAUCCGUGGGAGAUGGCAGAGGCAUACCUGGACCCAAAGGUGACAGUGGACCUAAAGGAGAUCCUGGUACUCCUGGAUCAAUCGGUGCUCCAGGUGCUAAUGGACAAGCAGGCCCUGAAGGUCCCAAAGGACAGAAAGGAAGCCUUGGUGAUCAUGGAGUUGAUGGGAUACCAGGAAUCAGGGGUAGGGAGGGCCCAGCUGGACCCAGAGGUGAGCCUGGACCUUCAGGAGUUGGAACCAAAGGUGACAGAGGUGCUCCUGGAGAUCAUGGAAUUCCUGGGCCUGUUGGCCUGGCUGGACUCAAAGGCGAAGCUGGAAUAUCUGGACUUCCUGGAGCAGCAGGUCAACCAGGUCCUCAAGGUUUCCGUGGGGAGGCAGGAUUACCUGGGAUUAAAGGUGACAGAGGUCUUCCAGGAUUUAAUGGACAAAAAGGUGACUCUGGAGACAAAGGACUCAGAGGACUGCAAGGUGAUGCUGGUUUACCAGGACCGUCAGGGCCACCUGGAGACAAAGGACUCAAAGGAUCAAUGGGAUUGGCUGGGCAUGACGGUGUCAAAGGAUCAAGAGGUGAUCAGGGAGUUGCUGGGCCACCUGGACUUAGAGGUCCUAUCGGGCCUCCUGGAGAUAACGGACUUCCAGGCCAACCUGGGCUUCAAGGACCUCCAGGUAUUGCAGGUAAUCCUGGACGACCCGGUUCCAAAGGUGAAACUGGUGAUGCAGGAAGAAUCAUCAACGCAGCUGGCUCCACUUCUAUUGGAAUCCCAGGACCACCAGGGCCUGCCGGUCCACCUGGCCCUGCAGGACCUCCAGGAUUAUCAGGUCCCAUUGGCCCUGCUGGUCUGCCUGGCCAAUCUGGUCCUAAAGGUGAUAGAGGAUAUAAGGGAGAUCAAGGAGAAGCAGGAAUAUCAGUGAGAACGUCUGAAACUGUACGAUCAAGCAGCACCGGCAGUCAGUUUAGCUCUGGUGGAUUCUCAAAUCAACCUGGUCCACCUGGCCCACCUGGUCCACCAGGACGUCCAGGUGAUUCAAGGCAAGGACCCCCAGGACCACCAGGGCCUCGAGGUGAGCCAGGUUAUGGCAGACCAGGACCUAAAGGAGACAAAGGAGACUCUAGCUUUGCAUCCAGCUCUGGAUCAUUCUACCCCGGACCACCAGGACCACCUGGACCUGCUGGGCCUAAAGGAUCAUCAGGAUCUCCUGGACCAAGAGGAUACCAAGGUGAAGCAGGCACGCCAGGCGCCCCGGGUAGACCAGGAACCUCUGAGAGAGUAUCUUACUCUGGAGGUCUUGCAAUCCCUGGACCCCCAGGUCCUCCAGGGCCUCCUGGACUUCCAGGACCACAAGGAUAUAAAGGGGACACUGGAGCUCCUGGAACUCCAGGCUCUUCAAGAGGCUCCAUCUCACUUACCCAGGGCCCUCCUGGUCCUCCAGGUCCUCCUGGUCCUCCAGGCUCCUUCUCUUCCUCCAGCGAGAUGCGCUCGUACAUCACCGACUAUAUGAGUAGACACACACAGUCCAGUGUCCAAGGACCCCCAGGUCCACCUGGGCCUCCAGGAAUCCCUGGAACCUUCUCAGGCUCUAUGGAGGACAUCUCCACUCGGAUCAUUGCUUACAUCCAACGUUCAGGCUCUAGCCUCAACUUUGGCGUUCAGGGACCACCAGGUCCACCUGGUCCUCCUGGUCCUGGCUCUGGAUCUUUCUCAGUCAGCGGUCUCAUUGCCAUGCUUCAGAGAGACGAUGUAAGGAGAUAUUUGACAGGACCACCAGGACCUCAGGGGCCACCUGGGCAACCGGGAUCAUCAGGAGGAAUUUCAGGCAGUUACAGUGUAGAGGAGAUCGCCAGAUACGUCUUCAAUAUCAUGAAUGAGAGGGGGAUUGCUCGAGGUGCACCUGGGCCUCCUGGCCCACCUGGUCCUGCUGUUUCAGGGGGAGCUGGCUUUACUACUGCUACCAUUGAUUACACUGAACUGGCGAGAAACUCUGACUUCCGCUCAUGGAUAACAUCUGUUGCAUCACAUGGCAAUCCUGGUCCUCCGGGUACCCCAGGACAGCCAGGCCCUCCUGGCCCUCAGGGGCCUCCAGGAUACUCCUCCGCCACGGUGUACGGAGCAGGAGCAAUAGGAGCAGGAGGAGGAGGAGUACAAGGUCACAGCUUGGAGGAGAUUCAGCGUUAUCUGCAGGGUUCUGGGUUCAGAGGUCUUCCUGGCCCUCCUGGUCCUCAGGGUCCACAGGGUCCACCGGGCAGUUACUCUGGAACGAUUUCAUACGGUGGAAACCUCCCUCGGGACAGCAUCCGCACUGAAAUUCAGCAGUAUUUGACCAGUGAUAGCGUUCGUCGUUCUAUCAUCGGUCCUCCUGGGCCUCAGGGACCGAGGGGAGAGAGGGGAGAGCGUGGAGAACCGGGUUACGUUCAGGGCUACGCGCAGAGCCAGAGCUACGGUCAGAGUGACUCUCGUGGCGGCAGCUCCAGGCGCUCAGACAUUGAUGUCAGCAGGCUUGCUGAGAGAUUGGACUACUCCAGCGUGGCCGUGAAAGUCAGCGAUUAUAUCAAGAAUGAAGGCCUGCUGCAGGACUAUUUGGUCGAUGGUCCAUGGAGAGCCAAUGUCAGAGCCAUUCAAGGCCCCGCUGGUCCACCUGGCCCUCCUGGAGCACCUGGUGUGAGCCGCGUCAUUGGAGCCUAUGGCAACGUAACAGCUGACCUCAUGGACUUCUUCAGAAGAUACGGCACCAUCGCAGGUCCUCAGGGAAUCUCUGGACAAAAGGGAGAGAGAGGGUACCCAGGACCCAGAGGAGAAAAGGGUGACCGUGGACAGCCAGGUUUACCAGGACUACCGGGGUCUUACACUGUCCAAGUUCCACACAGAGUACAGAAGAGGAGUGCAGCCAUUGCAGACAAAAAAGUGGUCGUUCGUCACAAGCAGCGCAGCCGUCGAUCCACUGGCGUCUAAAGAACAAACUACUGGAUCAUAUCAGAUUUCAUUUUAACUCAUCUUUGCUGUAGGUGUUCAACUGUAAGCUAUGCAAGUAGUCAAUUAUGCUCCUUAUUGUUGCCAUGUGUAGAAAAAGUCAGAGGAUGAUUUUAGAAAAUAAAUCGCAUUAAAACACAUCAAUCUCUUUUAAAAAAUUAAAGCUUUCAGGCAGUAAAGGUUUGGAUUCAGCUGCUGGUCAGUGUUUUUAUAACACAGACUUCAUGUUUUUUUGAACAUGUGGGUGUAAAAUGUUUACUUUGCUUAGUAAAAGGCUUGCUGUCAAACUUUUUUUUCUCCCAGGGGCAGCUUUGUUUGAGAAUAUCUAUUUUUAAGCAAUAAGAAGCUGAUCCUCUGUUUGCACUUUGCAUCAUUUCCCACUGCUUAUGUAACUUGACUGUCUGGUGUACUGUUUAUUUUUUGUAUUCAUGUCUUUUGAGGAUUAUUCUGUAUUGAGGACUAUAUAAGUGUAUAUGUCAUGUCAAGGUAACCAUUCAGAUGUUUCAUAAAAGGACUACAACAUUCACAAUAAUCACAACCUCCAGCCUUUGAGACCCAGUUUUCAUAGUUUUCCAUUUAUCCCACAUAUAAUAUCAUUUACGUUUUUAAACACAUUAAGAGAUGUAUAAUUAUCCAUAUAAGAACCGUACGUUCAGAGCGAGGGUCAUUUGUACCGCAGAGCAGGUCAGGAUGAGGAUUACAGUAACAGUUAGGAUUUGCUUGAAAGGUUUGUGAGCAGGAACAAGAAAUACAGCUCUUUGUUCACACGGUUGAAAGACAGGGACUCAGAUAUUCACUAACAAAUGAAUGAUUGGAUUGUAUAUUUUUGUAUAAGAGCGCACUGAAAUUGAUAUAUUUUCUUUAUACCUUUAAGUGUUGAAAAGAUUAAAUUAUAAAAGUGUUCCCAGGUAUUGUUUUACAUGAUUCAGAUUAUUGACAUUGGAUCAAUUUAUUUGAAAGGCACACAAAUAAAUCUAUUUUUGGACUUGUGAGUCUUGAUAUUUGUGUGACUCAAUUGAUCUCUAAAAAUGACUUCACUCACGGUAACGUCAUGUCAAAUAAACAGUCAAUAUUUUAUUUACAACAACAGGAAAUGUCCAUUUAUAAAGACACUUUAAAUACAUUUGAUCUGACAUCAAAAAAUGUGUAUAUACUAAGAAGAUUGAUUGUGAUGGAACUUAAAAGACACAUCCAAAAUGCUGUAACUUAACCAAAUAAAAAAAUAUUUGAAAUCUA